GUCGGCCGAGGACACAGAGAGGGUCUCUAUAAGAAGCAGCGGCCUCUCGGUCCUCCUCAUCCUGUCCCAUCAUGUCUCGGUGUCUCCCCGUCCUGCUGCUGUUAAGCCUGACCUGCCUGGCCCGGCUCGGCUCGGCUCUGCCUGUGGACAGCCGGGCCGAGUUGAAGACGGUUCAGGCCGCCCUGGAGGAGCUGCAGGCCGAGAGACGAGCGAUGAGUGGGCGCCUGGAGGCGGCCGAGAGGGAGCUGAAGAGGGUCAAAGAAACGCCUAAAGUUGCGUUCGCUGCCUCGCUUGGAGGAAACGGCCUCUCGAAGACGACGUCCGGCAACAAAGACCUCGUCUACAGGGACGUCCUGACCAACGUGGGUGGGGCUUACAACGCUGAGACAGGUGUGUUCACAGCACCUGUUCGUGGAGUCUACUACGUCCGCUUCACAGCCAACGCCCCCACCGACUCCCCCAUGAGCGCCGUUCUUUACAAAAACGGCGUCGAGAUCCAGCUGAUCGUCCACGAGCAGCCGUCCGGCCAGGGCAGCGACACGGCGUCCAACGGCGGCGCCCUGCUGCUGGAGGCGGGCGACACGCUCUCCCUGCAGCUGUGGCAGGACACUCAGAUCUGGGACAACAGCAACCACCACAGCACCUUCAGCGGCUUCCUGCUGUUCCCCAUGGUGGACGAGCCUCCGACACAGUUUGAAGCCGAGCUGAAGACUCUUCAGGCUUCAGUGACGCAGCUUCAGACAGAAAACCUGGGCGUCCGAGAGAGACUGGAGUCCACAGAGAGGGAGCUGAAGGCGAUGAGAGACGUGCCGAAGGUGGCGUUUUCAGUUUCUCUCGGAGGUAACGGGCUCCAGAAGGCGACGACAGGAAGCGAAACACUCCUCUACCGAGACGUGCUGACCAACAUCGGACAGGCGUACAACCCUGAGACAGGUGUGUUCACAGCACCUGUUCGUGGAGUCUACUACGUCCGCUUCACAGCCAACGCCCCCACCGACUCCCCCAUGAGCGCCGUUCUUUACAAAAACGGCGUCGAGAUCCAGCUGAUCGUCCACGAGCAGCCGUCCGGCCAGGGCAGCGACACGGCGUCCAACGGCGGCGCCCUGCUGCUGGAGGCGGGCGACACGCUCUCCCUGCAGCUGUGGCAGGACACUCAGAUCUGGGACAACAGCAACCACCACAGCACUUUCAGCGGCUUCCUGCUGUUCCCCAUGUGAGGGCCAACGCGACGCGUUCUCACUGCAAAUCAACACCGACUGCUCCGGCUACGCUCAUCUGUCCAAGCUGAACCACAAACUGGUCUUUGGACUGAAGGACACUGGUGCUUUAAACUGACCUCAGCACGACGGCGGAUCCGAGAGGAGGCUGUAAAAUCACGUACACGUUACAUCACUGCUGACUGAACUGGCCAGUGAGACCUCAACAUCUACAUUUCCCGUUUAAUAAAGUUUGACUGGUUAAACUUCCCCUAACUGUUUUAAAGCUCAAAUUAAAAAAAAAGAAACCA